AGUUUGAUGGUAAGGCGUUCGUCGGUUGACUGGCGUUACCAACCCCCGCUUCAUCCCAACUCCCGUUUUGCAGACUGCCACCUGCGCUACGCACGAUACGGCAGAACGGAAGUUAAUGUUCAGGAUCCGGCAGUGCCUUACAACGAAACACGAGAGUUUCAGUAUGUAGUGGCAAUAGGUUGGACCAGGCAGUCGGGAACCAUCGAGUGGCCCUGUAUGGGUGUGCUGAUCUGGGAAAACGUGGUGCUCAGCACGGCACAUUGCAGCAUCGAUGACGCUGGGACCGCUCCGGAUGUGGUCCGGAUGGGCGGUGGCGGCUACUUCCCCGACUCGACCAUCCCGGACCGUGAGCAGCGGCGUCUUCAGCAGCGAGCUAUCGUGACCAUCACGAGGCAUCCCGAUUACCGGCCCGGAGAGAACGAUAUUGCCCUGCUGAAGCUGGCCAAACCUAUCAGUGUGAAGCCAACGGCUGGUCCGGCCUGUAUGUGGUUGUACGACGCCGUGCCCUUUCCAUUGCUCGAAGCCGUAGGAUGGAAGAGACAAAUGCCUGAUCGAACGGGACGAGCCAGCAAGCUUGUUUCCACCGAGGAGUUCGUGCCAGCCCCGACUGACAGCUGCCGACCUGGUGCCAGCCAACAGUUCUGUGUGGCACGAGCCAACCCGGAUCCGAGCCCGUGUCUCGUGUCUCGUGGAGGUGUGCUACAGAUGAGGCUUCUUCACAACUACAGAACGAGCCCGUUCGUGUUGGGUCUACAGGUGGCCGAUAACGCGUCAUGCCCAACACCGACACGGGCGUACACGAAGCUUGCUCCGUUCCGAGAUUGGAUUUUGGCCGAGGUAAAGAAGCUCAGCAGUACGGUCAGUGGCGGCGCACUACACCCGGCCGCUUGUGCGUUCCACUACGCUCCCGUUCGGCCCCGGGUCGACGAUCUGCUCCAGGAGCGUGAGGGACAAGUGCCUGAAUUAGGCGCGCAGGUUGCUUGGGCGGAAGAGAGAACGCUGAAAUACAUCGUCCAGAUAGUGUGGCCGCCGAACGUACAGGGCGGCGCUCGUAACGAUUGCGUCGGAACGUUCGUGGACCAGCAGACGGUUCUUACGCUGGCGGAGUGUGUCGUCGGCACUACUCCCGGCGGCCUGAAACCCACCUCCGUAAGGACCAAGGACCGGUACCGAAGUAUGUCGUACGACAUUGCCAGCAUAGUGGUUCAUCCCGAGUAUGGGCCGACCACGCCCAAGGCCAACCUGGCCGUGAUCAAACUAAAGAACCGGGCGGAAGUGAUUCCGGCAUGCAUUGGGCUCGCGCCACCUGACUUAGCUCCUGACCGGGUUGAUCUGGCCGGGGUAGGUAGAAACCAGCUGCACACCUACACCGACCGGAACGACGGAGACAUUUCAGAUUCAGUUCCGACGUUCAUACUGCCUGCCGUUGAGCGGCGUCCCUGGGAGGAAUGUUCGUCCCGUCUGCAGGUGGCCGCCAAUCGAAGCCUGGCCGGCCUCAGCGGAGCCGACAGUCUGUGCUUUGAGGAUGAGCGCUGGAUGGUACCGGAAGCGUGCCAGACGCUAAGAGGAGGUCCCGUGCAGCGAUACGUGGGCCGUGAUGGGGCCUUCUUCAAGUACGUUUUCGGGCUCAGUCUGUUCGAUGGCCCGUGUGGCUACGGGAUGCCGGCGGUGGCCAUAGCCCUUGCACCACACGCGGCCUGGCUACGGUCGGUUAUGAUGGCACCGGGCCGGAAGUCGACUUCCGCGUCACAGGCCGUUCUGUUCAUCAAUCCCGAUCUGCGGCCGAGCGAUGAGUGUCGGAACGGGGAUGGAUCGGACGGAAUUUGUGUACCGCACGAGCGGUGCCUGGUGGCCACGCAGCUACUAAGUGGCGUCGGUACGGUAACGUUCUGUACGAACGGGUCCAUCAUCUGUUGCCCGUGGGGGGACAUAGCGCGCAGUCCGAGUGUCAAUCCGGUGCGUGAGCAACUGGACAGCUGCGAGGAUCGGUAUCAGGCCAUUCGGAAGCAGCGCUGGAUCGGGUGGAACAACAACGAGACGCAGUACGACAAUCUGGCCUCCUUGGCUGAAAUAGGGUGGCCGUUGAACGGAGGGAAGCUGUCGUUCCCGUGCAGCGGGUUCCUGAUCACACCGCAGGCCCUCGUCACGACGGCCCGGUGUGCGGAGACGUACAGCUGGAAGCCGACCGUGGCGCGGAUCGGUGCGCUCGGGGCAAGUGACGACACCAACUAUCUGGUGCAACCGAUUCGUCGCGUGACGGUACACGACGAUUACGACGAGACGAGCGGCCUGCACGACCUGGCCCUCAUCACCCUGGCCACAGCCAUCACGCCCUCGGCCCACGUAUUCCCCGCGUGCCUCUGGAGCAACCGGACGCACACACCCCUGCGAUCGACCGCCGUCCAUUUGCAGAACUACGAACCGAACGUGGUCUUCGUGGAGGUAUUUCCUCUGUACGAUCGGGAUUGUGAGGAGCGCCUCAAUGUGACGCUUGCGGACGGUCAGCUGUGCCUGCUGAGGGGAAGCCCGGAAACGAAGUUCAUCAGCAAUGUAAAGUGCCUCAAAUCGGGGGCCAACAUUGUGUGGGAUAAACAGGAUGGGCCGCCGGAAGUGGAGGCCCCACAGUACCUGGUGGGCAUCUUCAGUCACGGCGGGUGCGAGAACGACGACAUACUGAUCGCUACGCGGAUCUCGCACUACUACGAUUGGAUAGCGAGCCGGUUGAAGUAGACGUCCGGCUCCCGGCGCCAUGGCCGUACUUUUGGAAAACAAAUUUGGAAUAAACAUGGGUGCCGCUCGUUCUGGAUUUAACGACCCUCUAU